CGACACCAUAAAUUGCAGUAACGGCAUCUCCUUCAACAACGCAACUUCUGCAUCUUGCACGGCGGAUAUGCUUCGACUUGCGAUGACAGCGGCAUGCGCGCACGGCGCACGCGUCGCAUCCAGAGCGAGGGCGCCCAUGAUGCAGCAUUUGCUGCGCAUCCAGCAGCAGCAACAGCUGCAGCGGGCGCUGGCUCCAGCCAUGCAGCAGCUGGCUUCCCCGUUGCUGGCUGCUUCACAGCGACGCCACAUGUUCAUCCAAACCCGCGACACACCAAACCCAAACAGCCUCAUGUUCUACCCCGGCACAGAGGUGACGGGCACGGGCACAGCAGACUUUGCUCGCGGCGGUGACACGUCCAAGUCGCCCCUCGCUCGGGUGCUGUUGCGGAUUGAUGGUGUGCAGGGCGUGUUCCUCGGGCCAGACUUUAUCACCAUCUCCAAGGAGGAGGACGUGGACUGGGGCGUGAUGAAGCCGCACAUCUUUGGCAGCAUCAUGGAUUUCUUCGCCAGCAACCAGCCCGUCCUGCUCGAGGGCGAGGAGGCAAACGCAGCAUCGACUGCAAGUGAGGAGGAUGACGAGGUUGUGUCGAUGAUCAAGGAGCUGCUUGACACGCGGAUUCGCCCAGCAGUGCAGGACGACGGUGGUGACAUCAUCUUCAUGGAGUUCACCAACGGCAUUGUCAAGCUCAAACUCUCGGGUGCGUGUGAGGGCUGCCCAAGCUCCAUGUACACGCUCAAGCAGGGCGUCGAGAACAUGCUCAUGCACUACAUCCCCGAGGUCGAAGGCGUUGAACAGGUUGAGGACACGGAGCUUGAUGCUGUGAGCAACGACGCCUUUCAGCGCCUGGAGGAAACACUCAAGGACAAGGACAACUGAGAUGGAACACACGCCUCGACGCAUGCCAGCCAGCUCCGUCGUGCACGCCACAUCCACAACAACAACAACAACAACAACAACAACAACAACAACAACAACAACAACAACAACAACAGCCACAACAAGCAAUCAUCACAACAACAACAACAAGCAACUAUCACAACAACAACAACCACCACCACCACCACCAACCGUGCUCUCAGUUUCUCUGCUUAACUCUCCACCGUGCUUGUGUGCUGUUGGUGUAAUUAAACAAGACAAGACAA